GGCUUGCCAAAGUGGUGUGCAUAGAAACGGGCCAUGAUUGAAUGACCGCUGGUAUGUUUUUUUUCUGUGUGUGUUCCGCUUUUGUCUGAUGUAGUUUAAUGGAGGCCAGAGAAGACGAGAUGAGAGGUGAGUAAACACUGCGUCUAAGCAGGGAAGGGAGAGUGAGAUAGGAGUAGGGAGAGGCAGUUGAGAAAUGGGGAGGAGGUGUCUCUCUCUCCCGCUUUCAUAUUUCUUUGCAAUGGCGACAAUUGCAUAGUGUCCAUCUCUGAGAACGGUAAGCUGCAAAACAACAGGAAUGUAUGUGCACCGGUACAUCAGAGACAGAUCUCUGGACGGUGCUUUUUUAAAAAUCAGAUAUCGAUCUGAUCAUAACAGAUACUGCACUUGAUCUGAGCCAAAACGGCGUGUGUUUGUGUCGAUGUUUAGCUUUGGAGAAGCAGACAGUGAAUACGGAUCUAUGGGAGACGACGGGGAUGCAAAUGAGGCUCGUCGGGACAACGACGAGAAGGGUGCUUGUAUUCGUGAUUAUGAUGAGGAUGGCAAUGGUGAUGAUGAUGACGAUAAUGAGGAUGUGGAAUGUCACCUAUCAUCAUCAGCCCAUGCCGUAGACGAACGUCGACACAAGCCGGUCAAGGUGAAGGAUGCUCGUGCUUCGUGGAAGAUCGGAAGCACCAGUAUGACGCCCUUGCUGAAUCAACAGCGGCAGCGACAGCAGCAGGAUGCUGCUGCUGCUGCUGCUGGCGGUGGAAGGCGGGGAUGGCCGGUGGCAAAGGAUGAAGGUAGUGUAUUGCUGUUGUUGUUUUCGUCGUCAGCGUUAUCUAAGAAGACCAGCGUGUUCCUUGCGCCGAAGAGCUUGAUAGCCUACGUUCUGGCGACUACAUUAUUUCUUGGCGUAAUCUGUGGAAUAGUCUUGCCCUACCUUGGCUUGGGACGAACACAUUCGGUGUUAUUGUCAGGCGCUCGCUCGAGCAAUAGCAGCAGCAGUAGCAGUAGUAGUAACCGGUGGUUUUCUUCUUAUUUCUCUUUCAGGGGGACAGGCCAGGUGGUAGGGGCGGAGGAAGAGGCGGUGGCAGUGCCAGUGGCGAGAGAAGGAACAACGACAGGAGCAGGGAGCGAUCAUUACCAAAUGGGACCGAUCAGCGCUGUUAGCUUUGAGCGUAGGAAAACAUGCAAUCCAUACAGUGUGUAUGGGCGGUUGGUUGGAGGUACUUGGAGGCCGUUCCGCAGUGACUGUCCGUCUUCAGAAGUGUUGCCGAUUCUGCGGCGGCAAUACUGGGGAAACCGCAGCGUCCAGCUGCAGGGACAAAGUGGUGUUGCUGCCACAGCCCCAGGGAUUACGACCCCUGAGCUUUUGCCUUGGUUGGUUGGCCGAACCAUUGUUCUGGUCGGCGACUCGCAGGAUCGCAACGCGGUCCACGACGUCUGUUUGUUCAUUGGCGCAACGGAGUCGAUGCACAGUUGGAACGGAUCGGCCGGAAGCUGUGUUGCGCCGAUGGGGUGUCCUCGUGUUUGUCGCGUGGCGGCUUACAACCUGACCAUUAUGAGUUUCUUCGUCUACGGAUUGACGCAGAAUGAGUCAAUACCCUGGACAGAAACCCAUAAAGAGAGCUGGGAACCUGUGCUGAUCGAAAACCGCCUGCGUCAGCUCCUCGCUCCGUUCCUCUGCGCCCUGCGUUUAUGGCCUGACCUGAUUGUCCUUAACAGUGGCCUGUGGGACUUGGCAAACUGGGGACGGGAGGCCGCAUUCUCUGGAGUGCGAUUGGCUGGAACUGGCACUCUGUUGAAUCCCAUUUUGCCCAGUGAAGUCCGCGACCUCGUAGUUCCGGAUAGUGAACUGCUCUGGUGGUUGUCGGCCGCUAAGCAUCGCUUUGUUGGGACCGUUAGAGAGAUUUUCCCAGAUGUGCCGCUGGCAUGGAGGACAACCCCAUUUGUUGACGUCCGGUUAGAGACUGUAGGCUGGCAAGGAGCCAUGGGGCUAGACCAUGUCUCGCUCCCUGGCCUGUCAGCAGAUGUUGCCCAUGGGCCGUAUCAGGUUGUGUACGUGGAUGCUCUCAACCAGGCAGCAUUGCAGCUCACUGAGGACUCGGCGACAAUAGCAGAUGUCGCCGCUGACAAUUUCAGCGUCUCUGAACCAGUUACGCUCCCCUCUGGUCAGGUGGCAGCAGCCGUGCCUCGCAUGUUGGCAUCGGAACCGCAGAGGAAGGUCAAGACUCAUGCACCCUUGACAUUGCUGGACUGGAACAAGCUGAUAAGAGGGCGGUGGGAGCUGGUUAAAGAGGGCCUGCACUACCAGUCACUCGGGUAUACACUAUACCUGGAGAUGGUUCUUCACCACGUCAGGUGGCUGUAUGACAACUCAUUGGUCCAGCAUCUGGCAAAAGAUCCGCCGCAGGAUGUCUGUCAGAUCUACCGCCUAGUCCAAUUCGCUGAUGGAAGUCGAGAGAACAAUCCCGCUGCAUACGCUACCAGAAGAGCUUCAACGUAGAUGCAGCAGUGGCUAUCUAUCUGGCAUUUGCCGGCAGGAGGAGGAGGGACUGCGUGGGCUUUGGGCAGAACGUAGGUAGGAGCAGCAAUAACAGCGUCCAGGCUGCAGCAGAACAGAAUGCUGGGGUCGGAACGGGUACGCUGCACUGGAAACAAGCAAGGCCAACACCCUAUCGAAAGAGACGGUAGAAAAAUACAAGAAAUCAAUAAAUCAACGGCAGCAGUAACAUAGUAGUGUGUGCCAUUCUAGUGCCUUGGAGGAGGGCCCUGAGCCACAGGUAACUACCAGCAGAAAGGGUUUCCAGAGUGGGGGGGCGUAUAGAAGAGAGAGGAGGGAGGGGGGGGAUGAUGGUGAAUGGAAUGCAGAAGGUGACAAGCCAUCACUUUGAGGGAAGUCGGAUGUGAGGGGGUCUCCAGAAUCGACUCUGAAAUGGGAGCGGAUAAGAAGGAUUCAGAACAUACACACACGUGGACCUUUUCGACUCAGCUCUGGACACGAGUGCCGUCGCACGUAAUUGCGGUCAGAUACAGAGAGAAAAGCGCUAGUGUAUGUCCUCACUCUGCUCCCCUGCUGCGUGCCGAUGAGCAGAUCGGGCUGUGCUGCCAGAGUGGUUACUUCUGGGCCCCUGAGGUGGGCACCGGGUGCCCACAGCCGCACCCGCCUGCCCCACCUGACCCACAAAGUGAUUGGGUUGGGCUUGGGUCUACCUAUGCCUCCUUGGGUGGGUGACGGGUGUGUGCAGCUAGUGGCCAUUUCUGGGUCAUGGGCGGGUAAAUAUUUGCUCUGGGUCACCUGUCAGGUGGGUGACAGGUGGGUGAAGCUUUGGCCUGGGUCACCCGACCCAUAGACUCAGUACCACCCAAGAAAAUUCUCCCCCCCUCCCUCUUGGGCCCUUGGCGCCUUUCAGUCCCCCCCCCCACCACCAAAAAAUAAAAAGGAACAAGGCCUUGGGCCCAUCUGUGCAGUGCACAGGCUCGAGGUUGAGAGUGACGAAAAAAGCGGGCCUGCGUACAGUCACGCAGGGUCGCCUGUUACAUCGGGGCCAAGAAAAAAAAAACAAAGAGCGUACUCCAGCAGUGCAGCCCCUUGCCCAUUUUUUCUCUAAAAAAAGGAGGGAGAGGUUCUAGCCAUAGUAGGCGGCUAGAUCCGUCAUCUUUGAACUUCGCCCUUGGUUAGCAAACUUGGCAAAUUCAGAAGCCCGCCCCCAACUUACCUGGCCAUACCGCAGCGCGACGCCGUGAUGGAGUGACGCUGGCAUGCGAUGCAAGGUAGAGAGGUGGCAACACCGGUGGAGUCGUCGUGGGCAGGGCUGCAUCGGCACAAGUGGGUGCGGACGGCAAAAAAAUAGGUGUUGGGUGCAGGCAGGCGCAGAAACAAAAUUGGGCGGGUUGGGUCACAGGUGAGAGAAAAAAAAAAAAGCCCACCUCCGUGAAUCUGGCUGCAGACUGACGAAUCAUCGCUUUGAGAAAAGUCGGACGUGAGGGAGUUGAGACACCUCCGAAAUGGGACCGGAAAAGAAGGAUUCAGACAGAGCAUACUCACACGAGGACCUUUUCGACUCCAGCUCUGGAUGCGAUUUUGGGUCAGAUGCAUCCAAGCGGGCAUGUAAUGACAGUCCGAUACAGUGAGAAAAGUGUCAGUGUGAGUAUAUCCGCAUUCUGCUCCCCUGCUGCGAGCUGAUGAGCAGAUCGGGCUGUCCUUCCGGAGUGGGUCCUUCUUUGUCUUCCGACUCCAGAAUGACAAAUCUUCACUUUGAGGAUGUGAGGGAGUUGAACGAUCUACGAUAUGGGAGCGGAUAAGAAGAGAAGGCCUCACUCUGCUCCCACUCUGAGGGCGCUAUUCCCAAAGUACUUGGACUAUUUCUACAGAGCUCUCUGGACGUGAUUGCAGUCAGAUUCAUCCCGGUCUGGCUGUAAUUACACUCAGAUGCAUUUUGAAAACUAGUGUUAAACCCCUAGUACCUUUGUCGGGGUUUGGAGAAUUGCGGGCCACCGACCUUUCAGGAGGCCGAAAUGAAACCGCGACCACCGAUUGGAAUUUAUCAAUGGCAGCCGUCGUCGGGCCCGGCCGCCGAAUUCUUCGGGAGCUGGCGUUUUCCCUCAUUUCUGAAGCGGCAAAGGUACGAGUUGUUUAAGUGCGAGUAUGCCCUGAGUAAAAGAUGAACACCUGGGCUGUGAUGCGCGAGUACUGUUGCUCGCGUUGGGCUGACAACCGGUCACCACAGUGAUGAGGCUUGAAUGAUAUCAAGAAUUCAUGACCGAACAAGUACGGAGAGACCAUCCCGUAAACAUCGUAUCGAUUCGAUUCAAAUUUUAAACCCUGCGUUGACAUCCGCCGGUACAAUCUGAACGCAACGCUUGCCUUGAUGUACAAAGUUAAUUACUUUCAAUAAAGUU